CGCCCACAUCCUGCGGCUGUGAUUCAGAGCAGAGAAGAAGUUUCUCAACUUUCACUACUAACCGUUAAAAACCCGCCCUCCGGAUACAGAGACAAUCCUCCAGUUAUCACGGUAAACAGACAGAGACUCCUGCCCUCCGGUAAUCACGCUUCUCGUCGUCAUGGCAGCCAAAACCAAAUGGGGGGCGGUGAAGGAACGCAUGACAGGAACUCCCGCCGACGACCCCGAUGCCACGCUGGAGGCCAAUCUGGAGAAUGCCGACCCCGAACUCUGCAUCAGACUGCUGCAGGUUCCCACGGUGGUGAACUACUCUGGUUUACGGCGGCGGUUGGAGGCCAGCGAUCAGGCCUGGAUGGUGCAGUUCCUGGAGCUGCGGGGUCUGGACCUUCUGAUGGAGGCGUUGGAGCGUCUUUCCGGUCGCGGCAGCGCUCGCAUCGCCAACGCUCUGCUGCAGAUGACCUGCGUCGCCUGCGUCCGAGCCGUGAUGAACUCGUCUGAAGGACUGCACUUCAUCCUGCACAACGAGGGCUACGUCAGGACGCUGACCCAGGCUCUGGACACGUCUAACGUCAUGGUAAAGAUGCAGGUGUUUGAGCUGCUGGCGGCCCUCGCUCUGUUUGAUCCUCAGGGUCACCACCUGGCCCUGGACGCCCUCGACCACUACAAGAGUCUGAAGAAGCAGAAGUAUCGCUUCAGUGUGAUCAUGAACGAGCUUCACGGCACCGAUAACGUCCCGUACAUGGUGACGCUGAUGAGCGUCUUCAACGUCCUCGUGUUGGGACAGGAAGACCUGAGAAAGAGGGACCGACUGAGACAGGAGUUCAUCGGACUGCAGCUGCUGGAUGUGCUGCCCAGACUGAGGGAGACGGAGGACGAGGACCUGAACAUCCAGUGUGAUGCGUUCGAGGACUCUCUGACGGAGGACGAGGAGGAGAUGGAGAGACUGUACGGAGGCAUCGACAUGAGCAGCCACCAGCACGUCUUCACCUCGCUCUUCACCAAGGUGUCCAGCAGUCCGUCCUCUGUCCAGCUGCUGUCCAUCCUUCAGGCCUUGCUGUUGGUGGAUCCGGACAGAUCUGAGAUCUGGUUAGCUCUGGAGAUGCUGGCUGACAGAGCCACGCUGCUGUCCCAGGACGACGAUUUAGAUUCUGCUGACUCACUGCUGGAGAGGCUCCUCCCACAAAAGUUCCUCUCAGCCAAUCGCAAGAGCCGAACCGUCGACAGAGCGGUUCAGACUCGACUACCGGACAGUCCUUCUACUACGCCAUGGGCUCCGUCCUGCCCCUUGCUUGGAAUGGGAGCUCCACCCCCUGCUCCGCCCUUACUUGGAAUGGGAGCUCCACCCCCUGCUCCACCCUUACUUGGAAUGGGAGCUUCACCCAGUCCUCCCCUCUUACUUGGAAUGGGAGCUCCACCCCCUGCUCCGCCCUUACCUGGCAUGGGAGCUCCACCCUCUGCUCCGCCCUUACCGGGAAUGAGAGCUCCACCCCCUGCUCCGCCCUUACCUGGCAUGGGAGCUCCACCCCCUGCUCCGCCCUUACCUGGCAUGGGAGCUCCACCCCCUGCUCCGCCCUUACCUGGAAUGGGAGCUCCUCCCCCUCCUCCGCCCUUACCUGGAAUGGGAGCUCCACCCCCUCCGCCUCCCCCUCCUUCAGGUGACAUCAUUGAAGCCCAGACAGCUCAGAGUCUGGGCAGGUCGUAUUACAACCCCACCCCCUGUCCCACCCUCCGUAUGAAGAAACUGAACUGGCAGAAACUCCCGUCCAGAGCGGUGACAGCUCAUCAGUCCUUGUGGACGUCGGCGUCUUCAGAUUCGGUGGAACCAGAUUACUGCAGCAUUGAGCAGCUCUUCAGUUUUCCUCCAACUGAGACCAAGAUCAGAACCAAAGCCAAGACUGAGCCCAAAGAGAUUUCCUUCAUCGAUGCCAAGAAGAGCCUGAACCUCAACAUCUUCCUGAAGCAGUUCAAAUGUUCCCAUGAGGACUUUGUGUCUCUGAUCCGGAGAGGAGACAGGUCCAAAUUUGACGUGGAGGUUCUGAAACAGCUGAUCAAACUGCUGCCGGAGAAACAUGAGGUAGAGAACCUGAAGUCUCACCAGGUGGACAAGGACAAGUUGGCGUCGGUGGACCAGUUUUACCUGCAGCUGCUGAAUCUCCCCAGUUACUCUCUGAGGGUGGAGUGUAUGUUGCUGUGUGAGGAGAGCAGCGGUCUGUUGGAGACUCUGAAGCCCAAAGCUCAGCUGCUGGACCGAGCCUGUUACAGUGUGAGGGAGAGCACUCGUCUGCCCAGCUUCUGUAAACUCAUCCUGAGUGUUGGAAACUUUCUCAACUAUGGGACUCACACGGGGAACGCUGAAGGUUUUAAGAUCAGCACUCUGCUCAAACUGACAGAAACUAAAGCCAACAAGUCCAGAAUCACCCUGCUGCACCACAUCCUGGAGGAGGCGGAGCAGAACCAUCCGGACCUGCUGAACCUGCCGGAUGAUCUGGAGAUCUGCGAAAGGGCUGCUGGGAUGAAUCUGGAGUCGAUUCAGUCUGAAAGCAACACUCUGAUGAAACAGCUGAAAAACUUUGAGAAGAAAGUUUCGAGUCCGUCUGAGGAGCUGAAGGAGCUGAAGGAUCAGUACCUGUCGACCAUACAGGAGAGCUUGCAGGCAUGUGAGCAGUUGCAGCAGCUGUUGUCCUCAAUUGAGGACCAGAGGACAGAUCUGUCCGUCUACCUGUGUGAGGACAGCAGCACCUUCUCCAUCGACGAACUCCUCAACACCAUCAAGACCUUCAGAGGCCUGUUCCUCAAAGCCAUCAAGGAGAACGAGAGUCGCCGGCAGAUGGAGAAGAGGAGGAAACAGCAGGAGGAGAACCGGAAACUCAAAGGAGACACCAACAAGAUCAUCAGGAAGGACGUGUCCAACCAGGACGAAGGCUGCAUCAUCGACAACCUGCUGGCUGAGAUCAAGAAGGGCUACAACCUGAAGAAGACCAGACCACGAGCUGAGAGGGGCAGCAGAGUCCACGAUCAUCCUGCGGGCAUUCAGAGGUCGUCUGCGGUAGACGAGUCUGACUUGUCUUUUUCCAGCCAAUCAGAGAAGCUUGCAAAACCACCAGGGGCAGCCCAGAACCCCUCAGAUCCACAGGCUGAAACAAGACCAGAACCAGAGUCAGCUGAGACUGACGAAGGCCCCCCAGAGACCCAAAACCCCUCUGAACCCUCCACCCCUACUGCUGCUGCUGCUGACACCGAGCCGGACCAGAUCCGGACCAUAGUCCAGGACUCUGAGGAGGAUUCUGUCUGCCCUGAACCAGAGACCAGAUGCAGAAGUCCUGCAGGAGACGAGGAGGACCAGCUCAGACCAGAGGAGUCCGGAGAACACAAAGAGGAGUCUGAGUUUGAAGAGAUCACAUCGUUCGAAGUGAGAACAACCGAAAACAACGGUGAUCCAGAUUCUGGUGCAGCAAAGAGGUCCAGAACCGGUCCAGCAGGAGCAGACGGCGGAUCUAAACGCAAGACGAAGAAAGGAUGUGUGUCACACUGAGGUGAGGUCACCGCUCUGACGGAGAGCCUGAGAGGCUCAGCUCAGGGCACAAUAACCACCGAGUGUGUUUCCUGCUGAUUUCUUCUUCUGUGGUUCCUCUCCAGGUGAAGACCAUAAACACUGGUCACAUGUUUCUGUCAGUCUGACAGCUGAUUGGCUGAUGACAGUUUACCUGAGUAGGUGUGAUGACAUUCAAACAGCUGGAAACCUUCUGAUAAGUUGAUUGAUUGAUGAUUGAUUUCUGAUCAAAGUGUUAAAAUCUUUAUUCUGAAUAAUGAUAAUAAUAAUAAUAAUAAUAAUAAUAAUAAUAAUAAUAAUAUAAUAUUAAUAAUAAUUAUAGGUAUUAGUAUCAUUGUUGUUAUUGUUAUUAUUAUGAUUAUUAUUAAAAAAUUUAAUAAUAAUCAUAAUAAUAAUAAUAAUAAUAUGUAUUAUUAUUAAUAUAAUAAUAAUAAUAAUAAUAAUAGUAAUAAUAGACCUGUAAAGCUGCUGGUCCAGUCUGAAGUUGUGUUUCAAUCUUGAUUUCACUGUAAACUAAUCAAUUAGUCCAUUGACGACUUCUAUCAGUUAUUAAAAAUCUUUGUGAUGA